AUGGAGGCUACUCCAUGGCGGGCUCAGGCUCUGGCUCUAUCUAUCUAUCUAUCUAUCUAUCUAUCUAUCUAUCUAUCUAUCUAUCUAUCUAUCUAUCUAUCUUUUUCUUUGAACUUCCAAUUCUUAAAUAUCUCAGCAGUAUUAUUUUCUCCUAUUAUUUUUCUAUCACUCCUUGCAUAUCAUCUAUUAUUUUUCUAUCAUCUAUUCCCAUUCAUUAUCUAUCUAUCUAUUCUUAUCUAUCUAUCUAUCAUAUCUAUCUAUCUAUCUAUCUCAUUUUUCCUUUUUUCAUCAUCUAUCUAUCUCAUAUCUUCAUCUAUCUAUCUAUCUCAGUCUUUUCAUUAUCUAUCUAUCUAUCUAUCUCAGUCUUUUCAUUAUUCAUUUCAUCUAUCUCAGUCUAUUCAUAUCUAUCUAUCUAUCAGUCUUUUCAUUAUUCAUCUAUCAAUUUCUAUCUAUUCUAUCUAUCUAUCUAUCUAUCUAUCUCAGUCUUUCAUUAUCUAUCUAUCUAUCUCAUCUUUUCAUUAUCUAUCUAUCUAUCUAUCUCAGUCUAUUCAUUAUCUAUCUAUCUAUCUCUUUUCAUUAUCUAUCUAUCUAUAUCUAUCUCAGUCUUUUCAUUAUCUAUCUAUCUAUCUAUCUAUCUCAGUCUUUUCAUUUCAUCUAUCUAUCUAUCUAUCUAUUUCAUUAUCUUAUCUUAGUUUUUUCAUUAUCUAUAAUUAUCUAUCUAUUUUUUAUCAUAUCUAUCUAUCUAUCUCCAUCUAUCUAUCUCAGUCUUUUCAUUAUCUAUCUAUCUAUCUCAGUCUUUUCAUUAUCUAUCCAUAUCUAUCCAUCUAUCUAUCUCAGUCUUUCAUUAUCUAUCCAUCUAUCUAUCUAUCUAUCUAUCUAUCUAUCUAUCAUAUCUAUCUAUCUAUCUAUCUCAGUCUUUUCAUUAUCUAUCUAUCUAUCUAUCUAUCUCGGUCUUUUCAUUAUCUAAUUAUCUUAGUUUUUCCUUUUCUAUCUAUCUAUCUAUCUAUCUCAGUCUUUUCAUUAUCUAUCUAUCUAUCUCAGUCUUUUCAUUAUCUAUCUAUCUAUCUCAGUCUUUUCAUUAUCAUCUAUUCAUCUAUCUAUCUAUCUAUCUAUCUAUCUUUAUCUCAUCUAUCUCAGUCUUUUCAUUAUCUAUCUAUCUAUCUAUCUAUCUAUCUAUCUAUCUCAGUCUUUUUCAUUAUCUAUCUAUUAUCUAUCUAUAGUUUUUCCUAUCUAUCUAUCUAUCUAUCUAUCUCAUCUUUUCAUUAUCUAAGUUUUCUAUCUAUCUAUCUCAUCUUUUCAUCUAUCAUCUAUCUUUUCAUCUAUCUAUAUCUCAGUCUUUUCAUCUAUCUAUCUAUCUCAGUCUUUUCAUUAUCUAUCUAUCUAUCUCAGUCUUUUCAUUAUCUAUCUAUCUAUCUAUCUCAGUCUUUUCAUUAUCUAUCUAUCUAUCUCAGUCUUUUCAUUAUCUAUCUAUCUAUCUAUCUAUCUUUUCAUCUAUCUUUUCAUCUAUCUAUCUAUCUCAGUCUUUUUCAUUAUCUAUUAUCUUUUCUAUCUAUCUAUCUUUUCAUUAUCAUUAUCUAUCUAUCUAUCUAUCUAUCUAUCAUUAUCUAUCUAUCUAUCAGUCUUUUCAUUAUCAUCUAUCUAUCUAUCUAUCUAUCUAUCUAUCUAUCUAUCUAUCUAUCUAUCUAUCUAUCUAUCUAUAUCGUGCCCUAUAAAAUUCAACAGCCACACUAG